CACACAGAUAAGACUAAUUAUAGUAAAUAUAACGUGUAUAAGAGGCUCCUUUAUCCUGUAAUUUGUGUCCCACAAAUGAAGUACUAGUAUACCCACGGACAGCUGCUUGGACAUGUAAAAAUUGGCUGCUUAGUUACUGUCGCUGACAGUUACAUAACGGCAUGUUAGAAAAGUUAAGGCGUUUAAAAUUCUUAGCUCAGCCUGGUGUACUAGUUAUAUGAAAGAAAACCACGCUCAAAUUUGGUUUCAUUUUCGCUCAGCUUGUACUUUCUCUACGUGUGCGGAUGCAUAGGCUACUGUAUCUGUUUAUAACGAACCUAGCAUGCCACAGUUACUGGAGAAACUAGAAAAACUGAUGAACGGUUCUGCGGGUCGGACAGGUAAUGAGGUGACGAAAGGCUCAGUAGAUGACAGUGGCGAGGUUCUAGCGGACAUGAACAUGAACCGACGCGGGAGUGUUACGUUUAAUACCACCAUAGACCCACCUUCCGACAUUCUCAACGGCACCCUGGCCUCAGAUAGCCUGGGCGAAAUUGAGUCUUCUCGAGGGUGUAAACAUUGUUUAUCCAGAUGCCGACUGGCCUGUGCUCCCUGCAAUGCCAAACUUCACAAACCACACCCGAAACGGGCCACAAAAUUGGAGCGUCUCAAAUAUGUGUUCAUGUGCCCUCCCCACGGGUUUGUGGCCAAAUGGGUGACUUUAGCCACGAUUGCUGCGCUGAUCUGGGCAGUCCUGUGGUCAGUACUUGGAAACGAUGUUAUGCCAGGAGGAAACAUAUUUGGAAUAGUUAUUCUAUUCAUUGCCAGUACAAUUGGAGGUUACUUAGCUGGAGUGAUCAAGUUGCCGCCAUUGUUAGGUAUGUUGUUAGUGGGCAUCAUUCUUGGCAAUGUACCGCACAUUAAUGUGGGAGAGGACAUCAAGAAUUCCUGGUCAUCGGCGCUCAGGAAGAUGGCGCUGGUCAUCAUCUUGAUCCGGGCCGGUUUAGGACUGGACGUCCAGGCUUUGUUAAAACUCAAGUUCGUCAUCGUACGAUUAGCUUUCCUCCCCUGUUUGAUUGAGGCCACCUCGAUAGCAGUAGCUUCUAGAUACAUCUUAGACUUUCCUUGGGAGUUUGCCUAUAUGUUGGGGUUUGUGAUUGCAGCAGUAUCAGCAGCUGUCGCCAUUCCUUUCAUGCUGCAGUUCCAAGCGGAUGGAUAUGGGGUAGAAAAAGGAGUACCUACGUUGGUCAUGGCGUGUGCUAGCAUCGACAAUGUAUUGGCUAUUACCUGUUUCAGUAUUGUACUUGGAAUUGGCUUUUCCAGUGGUGACCUAGCCUUCACGAUCGCCAAAGGCCCUCUCCAGAUCAUCGUCGCCAUUAUUCUCGGCAUACUGACUGGAAUCUUUCUCUGGUUUUUUCCCAAUAAGAAAAGUCCCAACAAAGCCAUCUACCGAUUCCUGAUUCUGUUUGGAUGCUGUUUAUUGGGUGUGUUUGGAAGUAGUGUGGCCGACUGGUCAUCGUCGGGGCCCCUGGGGGUUCUCAUUGCUGCUCUCGUGGCUGCAUACAGGUGGAAGAAGCAAGGAUGGAAAGGCAAAGACAAUCCUCUGGCACCCGUCUUUGGUCAUUUGUGGACAAUAUUUCAAAUCUUGCUCUUUGGACUUGUUGGAGCCCUUGUUAACAUCAACGACCUGGAGUGGACCACUGUUGGUUUGGGCGUGGCCGUUAUUACAAUAGGACUCUGUUUCCGGCUGCUGUUUGCGUACCUCUCUCUUCUGGGAACAGAUUUUAAUGUCAAGGAACGAGUCUUCAUUCUCUUCGCCUGGCUGCCUAAAGCUACGGUUCAGGCGGCCAUUGGGUCGAUGGUGUUUGACAGAGCAGUCCAGGAUCAAGCCCCCGAAGACGUUGUAAACUAUGGAGCGACGAUUUUGAUGUUGGGUGUGGUCUCCAUCAUCCUAACCUCUCCGAUUGGUGCGCUUCUUGUUGCCGUGACCGGUCCCCGUCUUCUAAGUAAAUCUGGCUAUGACGCGGAGGCUAAUAUAAGCCAAGAUGAGGAUAGCGGUGAGGAUGUGCCAAUGGAAGAGGAAGGCAAACAGGAGGACGCUGAUAGUCGUGACGACAAUAAAUCAGGGGCAGACAACCCAGCAUUUUCAAUCGAGGAGAAGAGCCCUAAUGGACAGGACCAUCCAGAGGUGGUUGUUAACAGUGGAGACGGUAAUGCGGAAUCUACAACACGACUGUGAUAAUAGACAAAGAUCUACGAGUUCAAAGAUCUGUAGUUAAUCUCAGGAAUUAGGUCUACAACGACAGAUUUCGAAGACACAUAACUAUACUUGGCUUUUGCCGUCCCAAUGUGUCAGAAGGUGCCUGUCACUCUAGGCUACUAACCCUGCACCAACUAAGUUGCUUGCCAGAAUCUAGUCUCACUUCAUGUAGCCGCUAAGAGGUAGUGGUGAUCUACAGGCUCUGUCCAGUUCCCUCCACCAUGAAACAGGGCCGCCGUCAUGUAUGCUGAGAUAUGAGUGAGUAGAGGACAUAAAACAUGAAUCAACUAACUAAAUAAUUAAAGCUAAACUGGUUACGUUUAAAAUUCGGAAGUUUAAACACGAGAGUGUAUCAAGUGAUACAUCUUUAUUAAAUAACUUUUUUUUUAAUUUCUAAAAUAAAUUUUUCAUGUACUAUGACAUAUGAAUAGAGCUUGGACUGAACGAGAAAUCCUGAAAGCAUUUCCAUCGCAACCAUAAUGCGCUUGAGACCCACACACACGUCUCUAAAACAUAACUGAAAACUUGUAAAUAACUUGUUUAUUUGACUAAUUUGUGAGAGCAAAUAUUCUAACGCAUCUGGUAUCUGACAAAAACUAAGCCAAUGCAUAGCCAGUUUUCAGAAACAUGCCUGUUGCAUAGGCCCUGUUAAAUACUUCUGGUAUGUUUUAUUACUGCUGGUAUGUUGCAUUACUGCAGGUAUGUUGUAUUAUUUCCGGUAGGUUGUAUUACUGCCGGUAUGUUGCAUUACUGGUGGCAUGUUGUAUUACUGCUGAUACCGUUGCAUUACUGCUGGUAUGUUGUAUUACUGCUGGUAUGUUGCAUUACUGCUGGAAUAACAAGAAAAGAUGUAAAUGUUCAACAGAUCGGACCAUUAGACCGGAUCGGACAUUUUUCCCGAAACUCUAAUUAAUACUUUUAUUUUUAAGUCACGAUACAUUGUGUGAAAACAUUCCAGAAUUACCUAAUCGGAGGAAAGCUCUGCAGGAGGUUCAGAUGAGUCCAAAAUGAUAGUUUACAUGUAUAUCUCCUUAUUUAUCGAACGCAUGUUCAUGGUGUAUACACAAGUGGGUGAUAUGAGCUGUUUUAUUAUGCAGAGUUUAAUAGUGCAUUCCUUGCCUAUUGCAUUCCUUGUCUAUUGCAUUGGUUAUCUAUUGUACUCAGUCUGUGCACGAGAGCAGAAUGAUGUGACUUGCAUAGAUGGACGUUUAUUCAAUAAAGGAAAACAGUCAAAGGAAUAUCAACCUGAUCCAAUCAACUUAUAGAUUAUUGGGUAUGUUUUUCAGGGAUAUGGUUUUCUGUUUGAAUUUUAAAUGUUGAAUAAUCGCGAGUAAAAAUUUCUGAUAACCUAAUACAUGUGACAAGAGCUAAAUCUACGCACAGGCUCAUGUCCAACUUAUUUUCUAAUCCAUCAUUUCGUAUUAUGUUUCCGUUACACUGAAAACAAUGAUUUGCAUGCUUUGUAAACGCGUUGAACUUUCAAAUAAAGAUAUUUUCAAAUCCCAAUGGAAACCCAUGGAUUCUUGUGAUUUAUGUAGUAAUUGGUGUCCCGGCUUAUGACGCUGUAUUUUUAAUGGCUUCACCAUUUAAACUAAAAGUUUGUAUCUAUACCUUGUCAUAUGUAAAGUUUAACUGUUGACAAUAAAUGCACAUUAUAUGAUACCUGUAUAUACACGGAUGGCCUAAAUUAAAUGUAAGUGGUUAUAAGCAUAUGAAAUAAUUGUCAACACGUGCAUCGAUAUCUAUAUUUCAGCUAUUUUGUACAAUUAUUUUGUUAUUCUGAAAUAAAAUUUAUUGUCCAU